GGACUCUCAGAGGUGGGACACACAGUCGAAGGGUUGAAUCGAGCAGGGCAGAGAUUGAAUCUGCGCGUAAAGUGUCUGUGUUUUAAUCUCCUGCUGCACUCACACACACACACAACCACGGAGGAUAUUUUAGACUGCGUGUUGGGUAAAUAAAUAUCGCGCACUGACGUCGCUCUCUCCAAAAAAACCUCAUCGCGGCGCGCAAGAACAAGACGGACAAGGAUCGCCGACUCCUCGGGAACUGCGUUUUUAUUAGGCUACUGAUUCCAGGAGCGUGCUGGGACUAGACAAAUCCUGAACCAGAAACAUGGUCAGUAUUAAACCGAGCUUGUCGUUGAAGAGGCAGAAGCGAUCCUGACUGAACCUAAAUGCGGCAUUGAGCGUGGGACAGACUGGAGCGACCGGCCGAGAGACGAAAUCCUGUUGUCUGUUAUAUCCCGUCUUCCAAAUUGUAAGAAAAAGGGUUGAACAAUAAGUAAGAUAACGUUGUGUGUUCACAGCCUGCUCGUUGACUUAUUGGACUGACUUUUCCAAGAGGUUACUCUCUGAAGAACAACGUGUUUAUGGAUUGCUGCGCAGCGAGGAGCACCGGGAGUUGUAGGCUACGCGCUUAUGCAUCGAUCAUGUUGAUACCUCGCUGUUGCUGUAAACUUUGAUAGAUGUUUACAGACAGAACUGAGUCAUAAAGAAAAAAAAUAUUUAAAUAAAUAAGCUCGUAUAAGCUCAGAUUGACCUCUGGAGGAAGUGGGAAGCGCCUUUUCGCCCUCCCUCGGUUUUUUCUCCCAAGACGUCAGGACGGAUCUGUAUCACUGAGUCUUACUCUGCUUCUGUGAUUUAAACAAAGACCAAAGUGUUUUGGGAUAGCAUGGCAAUGGUAGUAAACCAGUGGUCAGAGAACAUUUCGGCAGAUCCGGGGUCUCAGCUCCAGAUUUGCGGCCAGGAGCCCGGCGGGGCACCGGGGACUCCCAACGGCUCCACCCCGGGGAACGACGCACUUUCCGGGGACAAGAUCCCCAACGUGGACUGCAUGGUGUGCGGGGACAAGUCCAGUGGGAAGCAUUACGGCCAGUUCACCUGCGAGGGAUGCAAAAGCUUCUUUAAGCGUUCGGUGAGGCGGAACCUCUCGUACACCUGCCGGGGGAACCGAGACUGUCCCAUCGACCAGCACCACCGGAACCAGUGUCAGUACUGCCGGCUGAAGAAGUGCCUUAAAGUCGGCAUGAGGAGAGAAGGUAAGCCCGCUGUACAACGAGGACGUACAUCGAACUCUCAGACCAGCCCAGGACAGUACCUGACCAACGGCACCGACCCGUACAACGGGCAGCCCUACUUAUCCGGCUUCAUCUCUCUGUUGCUGCGUGCCGAGCCCUACCCCACGUCUCGCUACGGGGCCCAGUGCAUGCAGGGAAACAACCUGAUGGGCAUUGAGAACAUCUGCGAGCUGGCGGCCAGGCUGCUGUUCAGCGCCGUUGAGUGGGCCAAGAACAUCCCUUUCUUCCCUGAUCUGCAGCUCAUGGAUCAGGUGGCGCUGUUGCGCAUGUCGUGGAGCGAGCUCUUCGUUCUCAACGCCGCCCAGUGCUCCAUGCCGCUUCACGUGGCGCCUCUUUUGGCAGCGGCUGGCCUGCACGCGUCGCCCAUGUCGGCAGAGCGCGUGGUGGCUUUCAUGGACCACAUCCGAGUCUUCCAGGAGCAGGUGGAGAAGCUGAAGGCCCUGCAGGUCGACACGGCUGAAUAUUCCUGCCUCAAGUCCAUCGUGCUCUUCACUUCCGAUGCUAUGGGGCUGUCAGAUGUUGCUCAUGUGGAGAGCAUCCAGGAGAAGUCCCAGUGUGCCCUGGAGGAGUAUGUAAGGAACCAGUACCCAAGUCAGCCAAACCGCUUUGGACGGCUCCUCCUCCGCCUGCCCUCCCUGCGCAUUGUCUCCUCUCCCGUCAUUGAGCAGCUGUUUUUCGUUCGCCUGGUAGGGAAGACGCCCAUCGAGACACUGCUUCGCGACAUGCUGCUCUCGGGCUCCAGCUACAACUGGCCCUACAUGCCCACCGUGCAGCGCGAGCGGCCGAUCUCCCUCCACUACAACGAGAACGGGCCCUGAGGUGGCAAAGACAAAUGAAGGAGAAGCUACUGGACAAAUUCAGGCUGAACAUCCAUCUGACUACUCAUCCAUCCAUUCAUCCUUCCUUUCUUCCCUUCAUUCUCUGCUUUCAACUUCUCAGCUUUCCCCAAAGGAAGCACCACCCUCACCAUUCCACUCAAGAAACCCCAUGCAGACAAAAUCAUCCGUUAUCGUCCCGGUUACACAUGCCAGCCACUCAAUCACCAUGGCCAUUUCAGAGACUUGGUGGCCCGUCGGCGGGCCCACAGCCAAUGGUUCAGUCUACAUUUGAGAUGUGGCACGAGAUGGACAGGUUGGUAGAACGGGUUAUUGCGCAGUUCACCAGCAGGUCUGCUGGACUCCCUUCAGAUGUCAGUCUCAAACCUUGACGAAAAAACAGGAGCAGCAAAAGACAAAACGUUUGCUUUAUUGUUGGUGCUACGCCUUCAUUUACAGAGGCCGUGCACCAGCAACCCAGUAUGGUGAAUACUGAGCAAGGGCUUUGCCAAAGGGACUCUACGACCAAGAGCACAAGGCCUGUUGUAUAUUUACCAAUUUUUUGAAAAGAAAGCCAGAAGCCAUUAAAAAAAAAAAAAAAGACAAAUGCCAAAAUGUCUUGGACUUUUGUAGAGGACAUGUUUUAAUGUGUGUGUUUGUAUUAGCACUGUUUAUAUGGAGAGAAAAACUCAUGAUUGUGUCCAUAUGUACAGUAUAUUGUCGAUUCAUAGGCAUCUAUAGCAUAUUAGGGUUCAAUGGGAAAAGCUCAGGUUCAACGGGUGGGUAGACGGACGGACGGACAGACGGACAUGCCAAUAUCAAUACAAAAGCAAAAAAAAGAAAAGACAAACCCAGCGAAAUUUACACUUAUCAGCAGCCUGUGCCAAAGCUGAAGGACGCAUAUUGUUUGGAUAUUUUUGUGGUAGUGUUGGUGAUGAAAAUUUAAUGUUUGGUUUGUCUAUAAUUUGACUAUAUACUUGUUUUUGGGUCUCAGGGGGUGAAAAGGAGUUUGUAAAAGAAAAAUACAAAUGAAAGUUUAGGCACUUGCAUUGUAAACUCAUCAGACCUUCACGUAUUCACUCCCGUAAAAUCACAGCACUGGUAGACUCCGUUGCUACCGUUAUGCCAUUUGAUCGAGCGACCUUUUCUACUUAUUCAAAAGGCCCAUUUAAAAACUCUUGUCAUCGCAGGAGCGACACAACUCAUCCUCAUUUAUUGUUUUAUAGUCAUGAUUGUCAAUAUUGGGACCUUUUUGGACCGGGUUGGAGCAUUUUACAAAAGAAAAAGCUGUACUUGCCUUAGAACAAAAGAUUUUGUCACUGAGCAUUUAUCUUAUGACUGUGCCAUAAUCUCUCGUUACCUGUUAUAACAGGUAUUAUGUCCUGUCAGGAGAGGAAGUGAACUCACGUGAUGUAAAAGUGAUUAACGUGCACGUAAAGUCAUAAGGGCGAUGCAAAAAUACGGAGAUUUUUUCUUUUUAAUACAUCAAUGUAAAGAAAAUAUUAAUUUCUGCUUUAACAUCAUCAGCACUUUCAUUUUUUAGACCUCAUGCGAGUUCUUUUCCACUUCCUGAUGAUAUUGUCAUGUAGGGAAAACCCCCUCGACUCAUGUCAUUUGAGCUUAUCGUACCGAUACCGUAGAAAAAGUAUCACUAACCUCUGAAAACCUCAGUCUAUGUUACAAUAUUAUCCCAGUUGGACUUAUGGACUGUGACUUAGCUUAGGACUAUUUUAAGUUGUUUUGUUUUGUUUUGUUUUUUUUCUUCCUGUCAAUGGAAGUAAGUUUGUUUGGACGACCUGUCUCACAUUUCCAACAUGGCACUGUGGUAUCAACAUCAAGUAUUGGUAUUGUAAAAGCCAUCUGGGACCUUAGAAAGCUGCCUGUUGAUAAAUUAAUUCACAGAAAGUUUCUAUGAGUUUGUUUUUAUCCCCUCUACUUUUGUUUGGAAAUAUGGAUUAUCCAUUAAUUGAAAUAAAAUUCUGUUGUUCACAGAA